AGUGCGCAUUUCCUGUGCCGGGCAGCAGGGGGAGCUCGCUCUUUGUCUUCCUCCGCUUGGGCUCCGCAGCUCUCAAGACCAAGCCGCUCACAUGCACGAAGACUGGCACAGAGCUCGGAGGUCUGCGCCGCCAAACUGCGUCCGUACGUCCGUCCGUGAUGACCGCCAGGCUUCGUCUCGUCUGCCUGUUGCUCUCAGGUGUGCUGGCGUGGCACCGCUGCGGGGUGUCUCUGCGAGUGGAUCUUUCUCCCAGCGGGCCGCUCUUCAAACUGGGCGAGCGGCAACAGCUGGCAUGCUCCGUCGACGACUGCCCUGUCACGCCCGUCAUUUCGUGGACGCCGCUCGACGACCGACCACUCAAUGCCCGUGUCCGGACGCGGGACAACCUGUCACUGCUCACCUUUGAACCCGUGGAUAUGGAGCACGAAGGUCCCCUGCUGUGUAAAGUCACCUGCGGGGAGCAGCACAAACAGGCCAAAACACACAUCAGACUUUACGCCUUCCCGUCAGACCCAGAGAUCCGAGGUCAUGACCCCAUCCGCGCUGGGGAGGAGUCCACGCUGACGUGUCAACUGCGUGACCUUUACCCUGCCGAGAGCCUGACUCUAGAUUGGCUGAGGGGAGGUCAGGUCGUGCGCAGCGUGCCGGGAGAGGCCGGGGCCACCUCCGUCCAAUCGGCUUACACCUUCACGCCUCAGAGGGCGGAGUCUGGCGAGAACGUCACCUGCAGAGCCACCCUUGACCUGCACGACCUGCCCCCCCCGGAACGCACCCGGCAGACUGUCACCCGCCUCCACGUGACAUCGCGCUUCCCUACAGUCGCUCCGGUAGUGACGGUGCUGUCGGACCCUGGCACGGUGUUGUCAGGGUCCGUCCUGAUCCUGAGCUGUUCGACGUCCGGCAACCCAGCGCCCGUCCUCAUGUGGACCUUCAGGCCCGAGGAUGGUGGGCCGUUGGAGGUCAAAGGUCACAGUGAGACGCUUGUGCUGGCUGCGCAGGCGGGAGAGUUUCGCUGCGAGGCCCGCAACCACGAGGGAAAAGACAGCAAGGCUGUCCGCGUGCGCAUCAACGGUGAGAUGCUACCGUGUGCGUGCUCGUGCACAGCUCGCAAGAGGUCAUGGGUCAGCAGGCGUGACUGCGCUUUUGGGCUGCCUGCAGCUUCGCCCAGCAACACCUCCAUGUUGGUGAGUCCGGGUCGGGAGCUUAUGGAGGGCCAGCGUGUCACCUUUACCUGUCGCUCCCAUGGAGCACCGCCCCCCGUCCUGGUGCUGAGUAGGGAGGGGGUGGAGCUUUGGAGGUCUGACUCCAACCCCUGGCUAACUUUUAGCCUGUCCGUGCGGCCCAAUGACGCUGGCCAGUACCGAUGCGAUGCCAGCAACUCCUUGGGAACGCAACGCGUCACACAAAAUGUCACGGUGGCGGCUCCUCCCAGGAACACGACGGUGGUGGUCGCGCCAUCUGCGGUAGUGUCGGCGGGCCAGAACGUUACAGUGUCCUGCCAAAGCGCAGGCUUCCCCCCGCCGGACGUUGUCCUCGAGAGACCAGCCGACGGGACGCAGCGCCGCUCUGCCGACGGCGUCUUCCGAUUGCUCAAUGUGACGGUGCGCGAUUCGGGCCUCUACCGGGUCAACGCCAGUAACCCCUUGGGCCACCAAGUCAGAGUGUUCCGCCUCACUGUGACAGAGCCCGGUGCUAGGACUCUGCCCGCUCUCGCCGCCAUCCUGGUGCCCGUUGCCGCCGCACUGGUCCUGGACCACUUCAGAAGGUCCAAAAAGAAAGGGUCCUACCGGCUGACGUCCUCCACCCCUGCGCCUGAACAGCACCCUUUCAGCGCUUGAACGCCGCAGCCUGCGAAGACCCCCGACCCCACCCACCUGAAGUGGCCCCUCGCCAUUGACCAUGUUUGCCACUGGUGACUUGUCAAAUGAGGUUGCAGAACCGUUGCUCACUCGACAAUGCUUGCAUUGGAGCUCAUCAACUUGGAAUAAAGAAACGGCCGGUGAGGCAGUCAA